AUGGUCAACAAAGUGCUUGCGGCCUUCAUGGCCGUCGACGGGCUAUUCGUGGCCAUGGGCGCCGUCAUGUUGGGCUUCUCCGUCAUCGUCCGACAGACCUGCUUCGACGCGCCGACCAACGGAAACGACGCAGCUCGUGACCUGUUAUACCGGGAGUUCCCCUUCACAGCCGGCAUCGCCAACGCCAUCGUGACCUUCGUCGUGUUCCUGUGCACGCUCCCGGCGCUCGCCACCAACAGCCGAGGCUGGCUGAAGCUCGCGGGCUACCUGGUCGUAAUCGACGCCUUGUUCUCGCUGAUCAUCGGUGUCGACCUGUGGGUCCUGACCCUCAAGAUGAAGGAGACGUACCAGCACAUCUGGAUCGCGCAGAAUGGCGAAGUCCAGGAAUUGAUGCAGACGGCUUUCCAAUGCUGUGGCUACUUCAACGCCAGCUCGCCCGCCUUCAUCACCGACGCCACCUGCCCCAGCCCGGCUGCCGCUGCCCUCCUGCCCGGCUGCUCCACCCCGCUGACGUCCUUCGGCAACACCUUCGUGGACAACAUCUUCACGGCCGUGUUCGGCAUGGUCGGCAUCGAUGCUCUCUUCGUAAUGGCCAUCGCCUGCCUGCUGAAGGACAGAAAGGAGCAGGAACGCUACCGCCACAUCGAUGAGAAGAGCGGUGCCAGAGGCGGCUUCUAA